AUGGAAGGCGCCGUCACGCGCGAAGGCCUCGAGGCCGCCGCCACCCUCUUUCAGGCGCAGGUCAACGACGCGCCACGCAUGCUCGUAGCGCGCAACGUGCCGUUGGUCGAAUGGCUUGCCGACGACUACGACAGUCGUCUCUGCGGCGCCAUCUUGUCGGUCACGUACGAAGGCGAGGCCGACGACGUGUCGACGCUCGCGUCGAUCUACAUUGUCCGCGCCAUCACGCGGCCGCCAUAUAGCACGACUUUCGAGAUGGCCCAGAGCCGUCCGAUCAUUGCGAACGGCGAGGUGCGCAUCGCCGACUCGCAGAUGGCGUGCGUAGACGCCAACGGCGCCAUGCUCCCGCCGAUCAUGGUCAUUGAGCUCGAGGUCGUGAACCGAAGCAUCUCGACCAUCGUGGCCUGGAUGCAGGGCUACUUUGACAUGCUUGCGGGGCUGCGCGUGGCGCUGGCCUUCAAGUACUUUCUCAACGAGGACGCAGAAGACCCCCAGCGCUUUAGCGCAGUCGUGCUCCAGUACGGUCGCAACGCGACGGGCCACGUGGUGCUGCAGUUUGCAGCCAGCUUUGGCUCGGUUUCGUUGAGCCUGGACGAGAAGGCGACGAUCGACGACGACAUUUUGGCCACGAUGAAGGUCUUUGACGACGAUAUUGCAAGCGAGCUGGCACUGGGCCACACGAAAUGGGCCCAUCCGACGGUGCCGUGCCCGACCCUCCAACUGUCGGUCGAGGACCUCUGGCCCGGGCCUGACCGGGAGUUAUAUGUCACUCCCGGCACCGAGAACAUUUCCAUGGACCUUUACGCCAUGAUGCUAGCGAUUCGCGAUUCGACGGCGGAAGAGUAG